AUGGAACAGCCUAUCAAUAAUCGAGAGGGCACUACGCAGCCUUUGAAUGAAACCCCAGUCGUUGGUUCCCCUCCUCAGGAUCGGAGGGCAAGUGAUGCUGCACAGGAUCGAAGAAUGAGUGAUGAGUGGGAUGCGUCAAAGGUCCCUCCUAGUCGUUUCCAGAAACGCAAGGGGUCCAUCUACGCCACGCCCGGUUCCCGUGAUGGCCACGUUGAGAGGAAUUACCAAGACAAGUACUGGAGCAAGAUGAGUGAGAAGAACUGGGGAAGUAAAUGA